AUGGAUGUGCCUCUUUUCCCGCGACCACCGGCCAUCGGGGGCGUCGCGACGCCCCUCAGUGACGUGCCGAGCGUCGCGACGCUACCACGCGUUCCGGUAUCCGCUGCGGUAUCCGGGCCGCGCGUACGAUAUGCCGUGCCACUACGAUCAUCCCCCUCGGGCACCAAGAAGCGGCGUCGCGUCUGCAGGAACUUAGUUCAUCCGCGAGUCAAGACCGCGACCCUCGUCAAGGAUGCUGCACGUCGUCGCAUCACCGAGUUUUGCAUGAGGAUGACGGAACAUCGUGCGAAAAAUGACGAACGGGACGAUGACGACGACGUCGUUUGCGGAAUCGACAUUACGGACACACCCACCACAAUAUCUUCGGAGAUCUCGCCUCGCUUGAAAAACGGCGUAAUACGGAAAUGGACAAAGUCUGUGACUGUACAGACUGUAGAAGGAUUACCGUUGCGGCUCAGAGUUCUGCCAUCUCUCAGAGACAUCGAGGAGGAUAAUGGAAAUUCCUCGGAAAAGUUUUCGAGAUUUUGGAAAUAUCUGAGAUUUUUGGGAAGACUGUCGUUAUCGCAAUUCGGUCUUCUUUGGCUGCUCGUGAUAUGGACGGUGGCGGGCGCGGCAGCAUUUUGCGCCACGGAAGGACCUCGCGAGCGCGAACAGGUAGUGUCGUUGAAGAAUAUGCAGAAGGAUUUAGCGGUUGGCUUGGCGACAGAGUUGCGGCAAUUACGAACGGAACAGGAUCAGGAUGUGGAACCGCUAUGGAGCGACAAAGUCCGCCAAUAUGUUGCCAAACACGAAGAGCUCCUCUUGGUCGCUGUCAGUUCCGGUUACGGCGAGGGUGGUAAUAGCGGACAACUGUGGACAUUUUCCGGUUGUGUGUUGUUCGCCAUAUCGCUAAUUACCACUUUAGGUUUUGGAGCGCCAGUUCCGCGAACUACCGCUGGUCGCACAGUAGGAGUGAUUUUCGCUGCUGUCGGUAUUCCUGCGCAUUUCCUUCUUAUACUGAAUUUCGGUCUUAUGGUGGCUUUUCGUUUACAAAGAUAUUCGCUUACCAGACAAGGCGUGCAACUCAAUAAUACAAAUUCUAGCUACUUUAGACGAAUGCCGAGAUGGAUCAAGAUACUGACGUUCGUUGGUGCAGUCGCUUAUUACAUUUUGGGAAUACUAUGCUUCGGCAUAGCGCGAUCGAGACCGAUCGCGGCGAGUCUACUGUUUCCGUUGGACUUCACCACGGCAGGCGGUCUCUCUACUAUCGCCGGUCAUGUGCGGAUACUAUACGGUCUGUAUUUGGAAGGUGCUGUCACUAUCGCAGCAAUAAUGGUAGCUAUAUUAAGAGUAUCGGCAACACAGAGUCUUACAAACAUUGGACUAAAGUAUGGCCUACUGACCGAAUCUUAAUCCACAAUACUUUGUUGUCUCUUGUGUAUACGCAUAAUUGUCAAUAUUGCGUUUAUCAUGACAUUCUGAUUUCAUACUCAGUACUCGUAAACAAACUGUUGACGAAUAUUUACUUGUCCUUGGUCUUUGGAUUAUCUGUAAUUACACAGUUACGAAAAAAUUACAGAUUAUGCAUAAUGUGUUUUAGAUGAUACAUCUUUUAUUUCGUAAAAUAAAAUGCGCAAUAGUUAUAUAUAAUCACAUUAAAAAAACUAUAUAGCCAUCUUUAUAUAGCUACACUUUUUGUACAAUUUAUAUAUCCAACAUUUGUUUAGUCUAAACAAAGAUCAAAGACUCUGCAUGAGAGAACGUAAAUAAUUGCAUUUGUAGCUAUAUGCAAAGAGAUACGUGUUGCGCGGAAUUUAUUUUACAAAUAUACAUCAUCUCGAUCAA